AUGCCUAUUGCUGUUUUACUUGGAUCUUCUGUGCAAUUCACCCCUCUCAGGCUUUGCCCAGCUGGUAAAUGUCAGCCAGCAGCCUGUGACGGAGGCCGUAUCACCAAGGGACACUGUCACAGCCAGUUGACUGGUCUUUUAUCUUCCAACUGUUUGUAUACAGAGUCCCUGUCCAUGCAAACAGCCUCAGAGGCAGCAGAGUCCAAUGAAAACAUUUUACCAUGCGUGAUGUGUCUCCUACAGAUCAUCCAAAUCACCAGCAGUGGAAGCAACGGGGAAGUGACUGAGCAGACGAUGAUGGUGAGCAGCCAGGAGAACGUGGCUGCCUUUCACAUCGAGGGCAACACAACCUCAGCGACUGUCGUGUAUGACUAUAAACACAGUCUCAUUGGCUUCCGGGUUCAGGACAGAAGGAAAUGUUUGGUUGUGAAGAUGGAUAAGGUCGCCAUACCCAGCCUGGCUGAAAUUACCCAGAGAAUUGAGAACUUCGCCACCCAGCAGGUCCCAGGAGACAACAGCAUGUCUUACAGCUUCCGCGAGAGGCAGCUGGCCAACCGCACGACCCUGGGCACCUCUCUGAACCUCCUAUGCAGCGAUGUCCCCAUCUACUGGGCUGAGAACAUGCAAAAAGAGCGGCGUGGAUGGAGCCUCUGUGUGGGGAUCUAUGUAUUUAGUGUUUGCUAUAAUUUUUAA